AUGAGAGGAGAAAAUCUCUUCGAUAAUGAGGCUUCAUUUUCUUUGUUCACUAUAGAUAUUCCCUAUAUUCCAAUCAAUGCUCGAUGGUCACAGAAUGGAAGGACCGUUGCUGGAGGGCAUGGAAUAGGCAAUAAAACAAAUCAACUCUUCUGGCCUCACGGUAUCUUUGUUGAUGAUCAUCAAACGAUGAUCAUUGCUGACCAUUGGAAUCAUCGUAUCGUCCAAUGGAAGAUGGGUGAUACGGAUGGGCAAGUUGUAGCUGGUGGCAAUGGCCAAGGAAAUCGAUCGGAUCAAUUGGAUCGUCCAAUCAAUGUGGUGAUCGACAAAAAGACUAAUUAUCUUAUUAUCUGCGAUCAGAAAAAUCGACGAGUCGUACAAUGGUCUCGCAAUAGUGGCACAAUUCAAGGAGAAAUCCUAAUCGACAACAUUGAUUGCUAUGGAUUGUGCAUGGAUGACGACAGAUAUCUCUAUGUCUCUGACACUGAAUUACAUGAAGUAAGACGAUACGGAAAAGGAGACAAGAAUGGUACUAUCGUGGCUGGAAGAAAUGGCAAAGGUGCUAGUCUCAAUCAACUCAACUGGCCAACCUACAUAUUUGUCGAUCAACAACAGGCUGUCUAUGUGUCCGACAGUGGUAAUAACCGUGUAAUGAAAUGGGAUAAAGGUGCAACAGAAGGCAGUAUCGUUGCUGGAGGUAGAGGCAGAGGUGAUGCUCUGACACAAUUAUCUGAUCCUAACGGACUCUUCGUCGAUAAGCUGGGUACUAUCUAUGUGGCAGAUUCGAGGAAUCAUCGAGUGAUGCGUUGGCCUAAAGCAGCAAACGAGGGUGUUGUCAUUACGGGUGAAAAUGGUGCAGGAGCAGAACCAAAUCAGCUCAAUUGGCCCCGUGGUUUGUCCUAUGAUCAACAAGGUAAUCUCUAUGUCGUCGAUUACUAUAAUCAUCGUGUUCAAUUUAUUUCUAUUCAAAAAACAAAGAACUAA